UGUGCAUAAAAAGUAAGCAUUGUCCGACAAGUUGCCACGUACACCAGUCACUGGUCUAUAGUUACAAUUUAAGAUACUUGAAUAUUAGUUUUACACGAAAUUCGUUUUUAAUAAAAUGUCGUGUGGUGAAGAACAUUUGUCAGAUAAUACAGAAAACUUCGAACGGUUAUACUCAAUAAACAUCGACGGUAGUAUUCCAUUUUAUGCAUACAGAUCCAAAAACACCGGCAUCACUGUAUGUAUUGCAGAAACACACGGUCCAUUUAUCAAUGGAGAUGUUAAUAUUGUGACAGAAACAUUUGAUAACGAUGGUCUUCCUUUCGCAAUGGAGCAUCUUAUUUUCAUGGGCAGCGACGAUUACCCUUACAAUAAUAUUUUGCAAGUAUGGGGUGAUAGAAUACUAUCAGAUAACAUUAAAGCAUUUGGUCUCCAAACUCACACUUGUUUUUCUAUGAGAGCAGCUGGUAGCGAAGCAUUUCUUACUUUAAUGCCAACAUAUCUAAACCACAUACUUUACCCUACUUUAGAGGAUACAGCAUAUCUUGUAGAAGUACAUCAUAUUACUGGAAAAGGCCACAAUGCCGGUACAGUUUAUUGUAAAACCCAGGCUAAGGAACGUACAGCAAAUUUUGUAUUACAUAAAAAAAUGUUAGGAGUUCUCUAUCCAGGAAAAUGUGGAUAUAAGUCACUUCUAGCAGGUACAACAAAAAAUUUGCGCGAAAGUACUACUAAUGAAAAAGUCAAACAGUUUCACAGAAAGUUCUACAGGCCAGAAAACUUGACUAUAUUGAUAACGGGUAACAUAAACCACAGUCAAAUUUUUCAAGCGUUAGUGCCUUUAGAACAGAAAAUAAUGUCGAAGAAAAGAAAUGAUAUAUUUGAGAGACCUUGGCAAAAUCCAAUUGAAUCAUUCAAGAAAAGCGCAGAAGUGGAAGUCAUUUUUCCAUCCAUGGACAAAACAUAUGGCCAAGUACAUGUUGCUUGGCGGGGACCGUCAGCAAUUACUCAGGAGUACGACUAUACCACUUGUCUAGCACUUUUAGAAUAUAUCGCGCAAACAAACAAUAGUCCGUUAAGGACAAUUUUUGGUGAAUUUAGUGAUCAAUGUCGUAUUACGUGGUUUUCGUUUAAAUGGUCAGUUCCAUUUUUGGAUAUUAUUUUUGAAAACGUACCAAUAAACCAAAUUGAUUUGAUCACAAAAGAGUCUAUUCAUAAGGUAUUUACGGAAGUAUAUACCAAUGGUAUAAAUAUGAAAAUAAUGAAAAGUUUAAUUCGCAAAUCAUUGAUUAACUACCGAAAUGAAUUUGAACUAAAUCCGCAUAAAUACAUCUCACACUGUCUUUUUCAAUAUUUAGUAUACGAGAAUAUUGAUAAUUUAGAACAACGGUUAAAGAAUAUUCUACGCGAAAUAGAAAAGUUGGUAAACGAGCCUGACCAGCAUUUUUUAGAUCUACUUAAACAUUAUUUUAUCGAUGCACCGAUGGUUAUCGUGACAGGCAAACCUAGUUUCGACGAGUAUUUUAAGUUGAAAGAAGAAGAAAAACAUGUAACCGAGCAAAACACAAACUUCGGCCAAAAAGGUUUAAAGCAAAAAGAAAAAAAGCUUAAGCAGGCUAUCAAAGAAGUAAAAAAAGAUGUGCCUAAAGAAGUAUGGGCAAAAAUGAUUAUACCUGGCAUAGAAUCAAUCACUUUUCAUGACAUUCAGAGAUAUAACACGGAAACGCUCGAGCAACAUCCUAAAUUCGAUGUUAAAAGACUGCCAUUUUUUAUCUAUUUAGAUCAUGUCAAUACAAAUUUCUUUUAUUUACAAGUUAUUAUGGAUACUUCUUCUAUUAGUCUGGAAAAUAAACUUUAUAUUCCGUUGUUGGCGGAAGUACUUUUAGAAUCUCCCGUAAAUAGAGGAAAUCAACUGAUUUCUAACGAAGAACUAAAAGAUUUUUUACUUGAUGAUAAUAUAGAAGUUCACUCUCCUCGUGGCAUCGAUUUUUCGCACAAUGCUCAUACUCUGUCUUUACUGAUUCAGGUUGAAUUACAAAAUUAUGAAAAAAGUGUACAGUGUUGUAAAGAGUUUUUAUGUGAAACUAUAGUAACGGUCGAAAGUUUAAAAAUAGCACUAACACGAUUACUAGACAAACAUGGAAACAUAAAAGAUGAAGUAUUUGCAAUGACUUUAAUGGAUACAUUGUUAUACACGGACGGCAAGCUCCAGCUUAUAUACAGCCCGUUGUGGCAGUAUAAGUUUUUCUAUGAUGUCAAAAAACGCCUAGAUACCGAUGUAGGGCAGAAAGAAGUGUUAGCACACAUCGAAUCUGUUCGACAAGCGCUGACUUCGCCGAAAAAUAUGUUUAUGUACAUGGGCGUCAAUGUUGAUAAAUUAACGGAACAUGUUCCAGAUGUUUAUGCCCCAUGGACUAAAUANUUUGCAGAUUUUAUGAACUUUGAGAAAACGAAGAUUAAAAUCACUUCUAUGUCAAACGUUCGUACGCCUUCUACUAGUUUUACUUACAACGGGUAUAUUAUGGAGGUAGUAGAAACAGAUACUACGGUUUUACUUCAAUCUUGUCCGUGCAUAAAUGAUUUUCAACAUUCCGAUUUGCCAGCUUUGGAAGUGUGUCUGACUUAUCUUACGCAAGAAGAAGGACCUUUAUGGGAACUUCGACAAGAGCUUGCUGACUUCAAUCUUUUCACGACGGUGGACGAUGGGAUCUUAACUUUAAAGUUGGUUUCAACUACAAACGUAGUAGCUGCGUACAACAAAAUUAAGUCGAUAGUGGAUGCACAUGUUCGUAAAAACAAAUGGAAGUACUAUUUCUACGAAAAAGCUAAAUCGUCAGUCAUCUUGAAGAAUAUCAACAUGAUAGAUUCCAUAAAGAAUGUGAUGAAUGCAUCGGUGACGUCGUACUGUAAAAAUAUGCCACAUAAUUAUAUUUAUCAAAUGGUACGGAGCGUUUACGCCGUUAGUAUAGGUGACAUGAGCCGUGUGACAAUUCGAUACAUCAGACCAUUGUUUGACCCUAAAAACUGCAAAACUGCCAUUGUAUGUAAUACUAAAAAAAGUGCCGAAAUAAUAGAAGCUUUCCAAAAAAUUUCAAUGAAGUUUAAGUUUGACGUAGUUAAAAGCGUGGAAGUAUAUAACUGUAUUAAAAACAGAAUUUUAGAAGAUGUAUAACUUCUACAGUUUUAUGUGAUAUGUGUAUUGUUUAACGGUUAGUUCGAAAAAUGUGUGAAAUGUUUUAAAUCAAAAACUAUUUAUUAAACAGAUAUACAGUGUAAGACGUUGUGAUUUUAAUUUGUAUAGUAACGUGUACGUAAUAUAAAUAUGCAAAGUAUUAUUUAUUUGGUAAUAAAUAAUACGUAGUAAAAUUAUGUAUGUAAUGUAUAUACGUUUAGAACAGUAACAUGAGUGUAUAAAAAAUAAAUUUCAUUUAAUUCAAUGCUUCUGGCGUCAAUGUUAGUUCCAUAACUUAGAAGUAAUUUAGUAAAUUCCAUUUUCUUAUUUUCAAUCGCAUUGUGAAGCGGAGUUGUGCCAUGGUGAAUUUUAGCAUCAAUGGUAGCACCUCUGUUAAAAAGCAUCUUAACAAUUUCUAUGUCACCAUUUAUAACAGCAAAAUAAAGUGGAGUAUUAGAAGGGGUUUUGAAUUUGCUGUUAACUCUAGAACCGUUUGUUAAAAGUAGUUUCCUAAUAUCUGUAUGGUUUUUUUCAAUAGCAUCACGAAGUAAAACAUAUCCUUCCGACCAUGCUUGUGAAUAAGAUAGUCCAAAAGAAUUAAUUAACUCCUUUGCUCUUUCUAGUUCUCCUUUACGAACUGCACGAAUUAAACUGGUGUAGCUUGUAUGAUCAUAGGCCAUGAUGAAAGUAGUACUCAUCUCGCAUCUGCUUAAGGGUUUAAGUUUUAGUUUUGG